AUGUUGUUCAACGGGAUCACUGGACCUAUUAAGGCCAGGAUCUUCGCGACGACAUUGACUGAUCAGGCGAUGACCAGGAUAACCAGGCUCCCUAGGAACUCAAUCGAUUUGUUUGAGGACCUAGCUCGGACUUUCCGACUUAACUUUGCAACAAGCAAGGUGCACCCGAUGCCAGCCUAUGCUUUGGGAAGAAUCCGGCAGAAGGAGAACGAAUCACUGAGGAAGUACCUUGAUCGAUUCAAGGAUGCCGCCUUCAAGGUCCGGGGCUUAACUGAAGCAGUUCACCUCCACUUAAUCAUUUCAGGAUUAGAUGGCGACUCCCCACUGGCGAGGUCUAUCUAUAAGAACCCAGUGAACGAUCUGGAAGAGUUCCUACAAAGGUCGGAUAAAUACAUUGACGUGGAAGACAUGCAGAAGGUCUACGUCGAAACUCGAGGACGAAGCCCGCCUCGUCGGAGCCCGAGUAAGAAAAACAACAAAGACAGGGACCAGAAGGGAUCCAAAAAAGCAAAGGACACUCGUGAUAAGAGGUCAGAAGAUCGAUCACCAAGGAGGAAGUAUGACGAUUAUACACCUUUGAACGUGUCCAGAUCCAGGAUAUGGAAAGAGGUGGCUCAGACCGAGAUGAAUGUCGAGAGACCUCGACCCCUCAAAACCAAGUUCGGGUUAGACAAGAACAAAUACUGCGCCUUCCACGAUCAAAACGGUCACUUUACGGAUGACUGCUGGGACCUCCGAGAUGCAAUUGAAAAGCACGUCAGAUAG